AUAUAUAAUUAUUAUAUAUGCGCAUGUAACAGCGUAAACAACAAUAUGAAGAUAAGCGUUGAUGGAUUGAUUGUAUAUUUUCCGUAUGAUUAUAUUUAUCCAGAGCAGUAUGCAUACAUGCUCGAGCUCAAACGUGGCCUGGAUGCCAAGGGACAUUGUUUGUUAGAGAUGCCUUCAGGCACUGGCAAAACGAUAACUUUAUUGUCACUCAUUGUGGCAUAUAUGCUGGAGCAUCCAUUAGAUGUAACAAAGUUAAUUUAUUGUUCCCGGACAGUGCCAGAGAUAGAGAAAGUUAUAGAGGAGCUAAAGAAGCUUAUAGAUUAUUAUGAGAAAGAAACCAAAAGCAAGCCAAAAAUUGUUGGUCUAGUUCUUAGCUCGCGUAAGAAUAUGUGUAUCCAUCCUGAGGUCAGUAGAGAACGAGAAGGUAAAAUUGUAGAUGGCCGUUGUCAUUCUCUUACUGCAUCAUAUGUACGAGAAAGACAUAAUUAUGAUGAAUCUACUCCGAUUUGUAAUUUUUAUGAAGGAUUUGAUAUGGAGGGCAGAGAACAAAUUAUGCCUCCUGGUAUUUACUCCAUCGAUGAUUUAAAAGAAUAUGGAAAAGAUCGUAAUUGGUGUCCAUACUUCCUCGCAAGAUUUACAAUCUUGCAUGCACAGAUUGUAGUGUAUAGUUAUCAUUAUUUAUUGGAUCCAAAGAUCGCUGAGACUGUAUCCAAAGAAUUAAGCAGGAGUUCAAUAGUUAUCUUUGAUGAGGCUCAUAAUAUUGAUAAUGUCUGCAUUGAUUCCAUGAGUGUAAAGAUAAACAGAAAGACAAUGGAGAAAAGUACAGCUAACAUACAACUCUUAGAGAAAACUGUAGCCGAAAUGAGACAAGAGGAUGUAAAUAAAUUGAAGGAAGAGUACGAAAGAUUGGUCGAAGGUCUGAGAGAUGCUCAAUUCCAGAGAGAAACUGAUGUCAUCUUAGCCAACCCUAUUUUACCGAACGAAAUACUUGAAGAAGUCAUUCCCGGUAACAUAAGAAAUGCCGAGCAUUUUGUUAGCUUUUUGAAACGAUUCGUUGAAUAUUUAAAAACUCGCUUACGUGUUCAACACGUCGUGCAAGAAUCACCCGCAGCAUUUCUUAAGGAUAUCCAAGCGAAGGUCGCUAUUGAACGAAAACCAUUGCGAUUUUGUGCCCAAAGAUUAGCGUCCCUCUUACGUACUAUGGAGAUAACAGAUCUAACAGAUUUCUCUCCAAUAAUCUUAGUGACGCAUCUUGCGACAUUAGUCUCUACAUACACGCACGGCUUCACAAUUAUAGUGGAACCAUUCGACGAUAAAACGCCAACAGUAUUGAAUCCAAUUUUACAUUUUAGCUGUCUAGAUUCUUCCAUUGCUAUCAAACCCAUAUUCGAUAGAUUUCAGUCCGUGGUAAUCACUUCUGGGACGUUGUCCCCAUUGGAUAUGUAUCCCAAAGUUUUAAACUUUCAUCCGGUUAUAAUGUCGUCCUUUACAAUGACAUUAGCUAGACCGUGUCUUUUACCCAUGAUUGUUGCUAAAGGUAAUGAUCAAGUUGCCAUUUCGUCAAAAUACGAAACACGAGAAGAUGUGGCUGUUAUAAGAAAUUAUGGUCAAUUGUUAGUCGAAUUUGCUGCGACAGUGCCCGACGGCUUAGUUUGCUUUUUUACAUCAUAUUUAUAUAUGGAAUCCGUAGUAGCCGCAUGGUACGAUCAAGGAGUUGUGGAUCAACUUCAGAGGCAUAAAUUAUUAUUCAUUGAAACUCAGGAUUCAGCAGAAACCAGUUUAGCUCUGAUCAAUUACAUAAAGGCUUGCGAAAACGGUAGAGGAGCUGUUUUACUCUCGGUGGCUCGUGGAAAAGUAUCCGAAGGCGUCGACUUUGAUCAUCAUUUGGGGAGAGCCGUGCUGAUGUUUGGCAUACCUUACGUGUACACACAGUCACGUAUCUUAAAGGCGCGUUUGGAAUAUCUCAGAGAUCAGUUUCAAAUUCGAGAAAACGAUUUCUUAACUUUUGAUGCCAUGAGACACGCCGCACAAUGCGUAGGACGUGCGAUCAGAGGAAAAACAGAUUACGGUAUCAUGGUGUUUGCAGAUAAGAGAUUUUCAAGAAUAGAUAAACGAAGCAAAUUACCAAAAUGGAUACAGGAACAUUUAAAUGAUAGCUUAUGCAACUUAUCAACCGAAGAAGCUAUACAAAUCAGUAAAAGAUGGUUACGACAAAUGGCACAGCCAUUCACGCGUGAGAACCAACUUGGAUUGUCAUUAUUGACGAGAGAACAACUUGAGAAAGAAGAGGCUGCCAAGAUUGAACAAAAGGCUCAGCAAAAUUGAUAGUACAACAUUGGCACCAA